AUGGUCGUCGAUGGUGGCGCCCUUGGUUGGGCGGACGUCGUGGAGAGCAAGGUUGGAGCCUGUGUUCUCGACAACGAUUUACGCCUAGAAAGGAAAUAUGCAGCCUUUCUUCUGAACCACAAUUGGACGAAGCACGGGGGAUGUAACCAUCAGGCAUCACUGAGUCGGAGGUCGGAACCCAUAUCCUGGACUGAACAGACCCAAGCGCUAUGUUGCUGCUAUCUGGGACACGUCUGGAAUACGACACAGUUAGCGGAGAUGGAGAACUGGGGGCUAGAAAUAGUGUAUAGUGUUAUGGACACGCCUCGUCUGCGCAGGACCGCCGCUGACGAAGUUGCUCUGAGGACGCUUUCACAGUACGCGGCCGCCCUGAAUGUUACCCGCUUGGGGAAAUCGGUCUGCCCAGUGGUCUCACGCUCGCAGAGAACUCUGCGCUCGUAUCAACCGGAGAAAGUCGCGCCUUCUUUCUCGUUGAUGGCACUCACAACACACGAGCUUACUCCUUCGACCCUCAAGCCCUUCGCGGACCGUGCCCUACAGCAACUGGACAUGUCUCUUAUGUCGGUCAACGCGGCGCCUAUAAAGAAAAUGUACAGUAGAAUUGGGCCGCCUAUCUCGCGUAACGAUCACCGGCAACCCGAUGAAUACUCUACUACUGGUCCCGCGGCUGGUCCUGCAUCAUUUCUUCCUUUAAAAAACUAUGGCCUCUGUGACGGCCUUGCGCGUUUCUUUCUAUACAUUACACGUUAUUGGGGGAUUUUUGAUGGCGAUAAUAAUUUUAACACUGUGCCUGGAGUUUCGAUAUGUUCGCGAUGGAUCAUUUCUCGCAUCACUUUGCCUCUGCCUAUCACGAAUAAUCUCGACUAUCGUGUCGUGCCUGCUGUACGUAUGCCAAGGAAGGAUUCCAAAGUGCUAGAAGCUAACGAUGCAUCUCCUAGUUUAUUCACAGGUGUGCUAGCAGGGAAAGAACCACCCAAGUCUCUUUGUAUUGCACAAAGUGCUCUAGAACGAGCACAAGAACCUCUCCUCACAAGCUCGGUUCUCUCCUAUGCAGGGAAC